UCUCAUCACUGAAUUGCAAAAUUAGAAAGAUGGCGCAUACAAUUCCUGUUCUGCCGUUCUACAAAGAUAAGUUGAAAUCCGACACAGACUAUUGGUUAUCGACUAGUGAAAACGUGAGGGAAGCGCUCGAAGAGUAUGGUUGUUUUAUAUUGGAGUACAAUCCAGUUCCAAUACAGCUUCAUAAUCAAGUGUUGAGUGCCUUAAAAGAAUUGUUUGAUUUACCCACUGAAACCAAAAUGAAAAAUAGGUAUGAGAAACCCUUAAAUGGUUAUGUUGGUCAAAUUCCAGAAAUCCCUCUGCAUGAGAGUUUGGGUAUUGACAAUGCAACAACUCUCCAAGGAAUUCAAUUUUUCACUAAAACGAUUUGGCCUGCUGGCAAUGACCAUUUCAGUGAACGUGUCCAUGAGUAUGCAAAAUUUGCAGAAGAAAUAGACCAAAUGAUUACCCGCAUGAUAUUUGAAAGCUAUGGUGUUGAGAAGUACUACAAUGAUUACAUUCAGUCCACUACUUACCUUCUUCGACUGCUAAAAAAUCGAGCACCCAAAGAUGACAAACCCACUCUUGGUUUCGUUACGCACACUGACAAGAGCUUCACCACCAUUCUUCACCAAAGUGAGGUGGAUGCUUUGGAGAUAGAAACUAGAGAUGGAGAUCGAAUUAAUGUUCAUCUUUCAUUACCUUCGUAUUUUAUGGUCAUUGCAGGGGAUGCUUUAAUGGCAUGGAGCAAUGACAGGAUAUGGUCUCCAAAGCACCGAGUUCUAAUGAGUGGGAAAAUAGAUAGAUACUCCCUUGGCUUGUUUUCAUUCAACAAUGGUGUCCUACAAGUGCCUGAAGAGCUCGUGGAUCAAGAUCAUCCAUUAUUGUAUAAACCAUUUGACCAUCUUGGCUUACUUAGAUUCUACCGCACCCCCGAGGGUUCCAAAGCUCAGUGUCCAAUAAAAGCCUAUUGUGGGGUUUAA